ACAGGGGUGGCUCUAUCAAGAAGAGUAGCCUUGGUUCCCCAGGCACAAAUAAACAGGCAAGCUAUGAUGGUACUAUGAUAAAAGGUAUCUCUACACAAGAAGCUAUUGUCGAAAGAGCUAAACAGGAAGCCCAGGUGAUGAGCCGUGUUGCCGAGUUACGAAAGGACGGUAUGUGGUCUUCACGCAGACUUCCCAAGGUUCAAGAACCUCCAAGACCAAAGGCUCAUUGGGAUUACCUGUUAGAGGAAAUGCAGUGGCUAGCAGCAGAUUUUCAGCAAGAACGAAAAUGGAAGAAAACCUGUGCAAGAAAGAUUGCCAAAAUGGUACAGAAGUACUUCCAGGAUCUUGAACAGAAAGAGUUGAGGGCAGAAAAAGAAGAAAGUAUGAAGCUUAAAAGAAUUGCCUCCAAUCUUGCCAAGAUGGUUAAAGAAUUCUGGACCAAUAUCGAAAAGGUUGUACAGUACAAACAGAACAGUCGUCUUGAUGAAAAACGCAAGAAAGCCAUGGACUUGCACCUGAACUUUAUUGUCAAUCAGACAGAGCAGUAUUCUAAUUGGUUAUCUGAAGGUCUUGUCAAUCAAAGCUCUAAAGGCUCAUCUGUUGGUUCCAUCACCCCUGAUCAUUCUGUGGCCGGAGACGACGAGUUCAAACCGGAUGUUGAAAGUGAAUCUGAUGAUGAAGAAACCAUAGAAAAAGAUGAAGAAGGAAUUGAUGAGACCGAGACACAGGAUGAAGUAGCUGCAUUACAGAAAGAAAGUGAACUUCCCAUUGAACAGUUAAUUGAAAAUUUACCUAAAGAAAUCCUUGAAAAACCAGCACCAAUACAUUCAGAUUCUGAAGAUCAAGAAGAAACACCUAGCAAGAAAGAUAAAGAUGAAGAGUUUGAAGCUGACGAUGAUGACUCUGAUAUUGAAGAAACUAUAGAAGAACAAGAGAAACAGGAAGCUGGGGAUUAUAAUGAAGAAAUGGAUGAUCUGAAAAAUGAAGGUGAGAUGGAUAUUGAACAAUUACGAGCAAAGUAUGCAGGAGCUUACGACUCUGAUUUUGAAAUGCCUGCAGAUAGUGAUGAAGAAUCCACCGAUAUCAAUGAUUCUGAUGAUGAUUCAGAUGAUGAAGAAGAGGAAUCUGAAGAGGAAGAAGAAGAGGAUGAAACCAUGGAAACAGAAGAAGCUGAUCAAGAUGUUGGCCUAGAGGCACUGAUGGAUAAUGAGAAAGGUGAAGAUAAAAAUAAAAAGGCUGGUGAGGACGGCCCAGGACAAGAGUUGUCAGAUAUUGCAGCACAGGCUGCUAGUCUUCAACCCAAAGGUUAUACUCUCCAAACUACAGAGGUGAAGACAUGCGUUCCAUUCUUGUUGAAGCAUACAUUGAGAGAAUACCAACAUGUUGGUUUAGACUGGCUCGCUACUAUGUAUGAGAAACGUCUUAACGGAAUUCUAGCCGAUGAAAUGGGACUGGGUAAAACUAUUCAGACCAUUGCCUUGAUAGCCCAUCUUGCAUGUGAAAAAGGAAUAUGGGGUCCACAUCUGAUAGUUGUACCCACUAGUGUGAUGUUGAAUUGGGAGAUGGAAUUUAAAAAAUGGUGCCCUGCAUUUAAAAUUUUGACAUAUUAUGGCAGUCAAAAGGAACGUAAACAGAAGCGUACAGGGUGGACCAAAACCAAUGCCUUUCAUAUUUGUAUUACCUCGUAUAAACUAGUGAUACAGGACCAUAAUGCUUUCAGACGCAAAAAGUGGAAAUAUUUGAUACUUGAUGAGGCUCAAAAUAUUAAGAACUUCAAAUCGCAGCGUUGGCAGUGUUUGUUAAACUUUAACAGUAUGAGAAGAUUGCUGCUGACUGGUACACCAUUACAAAAUAGUUUGAUGGAAUUAUGGUCCCUUAUGCAUUUUCUGAUGCCACAUGUGUUCCAGUCUCAUAAAGACUUUAAAGAAUGGUUUGCUAAUCCACUGACCGGAAUGAUUGAAGGGAGCCAUGAAUACAACGAGAAUCUUAUCCGACGUUUACACAAGGUAUUGCGUCCAUUCCUUUUAAGACGUUUAAAAGAUGAUGUAGAAAAACAGAUGCCCAAGAAAUAUGAGCAUGUUGUAAUGUGUCAUCUCUCGAAACGUCAACGGUUCCUAUAUGAUGAAUUUAUGGCUCAGGGAAAAACCAAAGAAACAUUAGCAACCGGGCAUUUUAUGAGUGUUAUCAACAUUCUUAUGCAAUUACGGAAAGUGUGCAAUCAUCCAAGUCUGUUUGAUCCACGGCCAAUAAUUUCUCCAUUCCAAAUGAAGGGGAUUGUUUAUCACACAGCUUCACUUGUCCAUAAAGUUUUAGAAUAUGACCCUUUAAAUGACAUAGAUCUACAAUUGUACCCAGGUUUAGCAGAGAUGGAGAGGGAUCUGCCAGCGUUUAUAGCUCACAGGGUCAGAAAAUUACAGACACCAAGGCGAUUGAUAGAGGAGAUAGAUAUUCAGCCUGGCCCUCCACCUCGACCACAACCGGGAAAGUUGAAAACUAAUACCAUAAGAUGUGUGUCCCCAGCUGUACAGUCUGGUCGCGCAUCUCCAGCAUUGAACAGCAGAUCUGUGUCCCCAGCCCCUGUGAUAAAAAGUGUCAGUGUAAGCACGACUUUGUCUGGCUCCAGUCAGCCCCCUUUACAGGCUACUGUUGCCCCACAGGUCUCUUUACACAGCACUACUACAAGUAGCCAGCAAACAGCCACUAGUCAGCCUAUAACUGUACAGAUACAGCACACAGAUCAGGGAACCAGACUGGUGUUACCAUCUAAUCAACUAUCACAACUUCCAGGUUUCCUACAAAUAGUUCAGACUUCGUCUGGUCCUCAAACAGUGGCUACAUCAAGUGUUGUGUCAACAUCUUCUGUUGUGAAUGGUUCCCCUGUAGUUACCAUGGCAAAUUCUACUAGCCUGAAGACACUAGUCUCUAGCUCAGUGUCACAGCUGAAGAUGUCACCAGGUAUACAAUCUGGCACUAUUUCAUCUCCUGUAACUUUACCUAUUGGAAGCACUGGUCAGAUUCAGAAACCUGUGAUGCGAGUGUCGCCAAUCACAGGUCAGCAAAAUAGAACAAAUGGAGAUGGACUAGUAUUUUCAGCAGCUUCAACUACUGUCUCCACCUCGUUUGUGAUGUCUAAAUCAAAACCUGUAUCAUCCGUCUACUCCCCACAAAUGCUGAAACAUCUUGAAGAACAAAAGAAAAGGCAGUGCAAAAAGAGAUUUUUCUUGGAGCCCUUGUUUAAUAAAAAAACGUGCAAACAGAAAGAAAAACUGUACAAUAUAGCGAGGAUAAAUAAGUUACAUUGUGAACGUAAACCAGUGUACGGUCAGGAUUUAUGUGAUGCUGUAAACAUUUUUAAAGACCCAUUCAGUGGUAGAUGUUAUAGAAGUCGUGAUGUAUCAAAAUGGAAUGGGCCAGGUCAUAUACAUUGUCAGUGUUCAAAGUUGUGCACAAAUUAUUCUCAUCCUAAAUAUUUAUGGAACCAGACCACAGUGCUUUCAGAUAUUAUACAUACCCCGGAACAGUAUUUAGAAGAGUUACAGGACAUACUAGAAAGGUUUGUAUUUGUGACCCCACCAGUGCAAUCUGAGAGGAUCCGUAUGCACGUGUCUCAUCCCCCACCAUCAUAUCUCCGAGAAACCUCGUACAGGGAGUCAUUGCUGAGGAUGGAACUCUCACCAAAGACUUCAAACUACCAUAAGAUCAUGACAAAAAUGACAGUUCAGUUUCCAGAGUUACGGCUUAUUCAGUAUGACUGUGGUAAGCUGCAGACAUUGGACAUUCUGUUACAUCGUUUAAAAUCGGAGGAUCAUAGAGUAUUGAUAUUUACCCAGAUGACGAGGAUGUUGGAUAUUCUUGAAGCUUUCCUCAACUACCAUGGCCAUAGAUACCUGCGUCUUGAUGGUACCACGAAGAUUGAACAGAGACAGCAAUUAAUGGACCGUUUCAAUGCAGACAGACGUAUAUUUGUAUUUAUUCUAUCAACACGAUCAGGAGGUAUAGGUGUGAAUCUUACUGGUGCCGACACCGUCAUCUUCUACGACAGUGACUGGAAUCCAACGAUGGACGCCCAAGCACAGGAUAGAUGUCAUCGUAUUGGUCAAACUAGAGAUGUCCAUAUCUAUAGAUUGGUGAGCCAGAAAACUGUAGAAGAGAACAUCUUGAAAAAGGCCAAUCAGAAGAGAAUGCUAGGCGAUAUGGCUAUAGAGGGAGGUAACUUCACUACAGCUUUCUUUAAAGAGAAUACAAUCAGUGAGUUGUUCUCUGAGCCGUCUGGUCUUGAAUCUCUUGUAAAAGAGAAGGAGCAGGAAGAAAAAGAGAAGUUGCUGAAGGCAGAAAAGAAAAAGAAGGCCGAGGUGAAGAAAUCCGAUCCCUCAGAAGCUCAGGCUUUGGCUCAAUUUGAAAAGGCUCUGGCCAAGACAGAGGAUGAGACUGAUGCUGUGGCUAUUGACCAAGUUAAAGCUGAACAGAAGGCGGAGUUGGCCGAGUUUGAUGAAAACAUUCCACUAGAGGAUGGUGUUGAUGGUCAGGGUAGGGAAGAUGAAUCUCAUGUAGAACAAGAGCUAGCAAUGCUUGAUAAAGAGUUGACGCCAAUUGAGAGGUAUGCCGUCCAAUAUACAGAGCAGAUGAUGGAACCUGUCAAUGAGGAGGAGUUGAAGAUUGCCGAGGAUGAUAUUGAGAACGUGAAGAAGGAUUGGGAAUUAAAUCGUUUGAAAGCUCUGAAAGAGGAAGAGGAACGUCGUGCAGAAAUGGAGGAAGACGAGAUGUUGUACACGUACAGCCGUGAUGACGCUUACCAACAGGUGAAAAAACGAAACAAACAACUGGCACAAGAGGCUCGCAGGUCGGCUGCCGAGGCUCGUGCUCAGUCCUUGAGUCUGUCACCUCGCAGGGCGGGUCGGCAGAGUCUGGGACCUGGCGAGGAGUUGGAAGAAUCACCUUCAAAGAAGGAAUGGGUUUAUAAAACUCCAAAGAUUAUUAGAGACCUUGUAAAGAAUAAGAAUGUUGAUACUGAAAGUUCUAAGAAAAAGUAUAAAGGUAGAACAGGGGAAAAUGAUACAAAUGAAGAUGUUGAUGUUGAAACUAUCGAUUUUAUAGAAGAAAGUAGUUCUAGUAAUAAUAGUAAACAAAAAGUUAAAAAGAGGUUAGUGAAGACUGAGAAAUCUCCAGUUAAACGUACAAAGAAGGUUAAAGGAGAGAACUUUAUUAAUAUUCCAAAGAGUAGUGGUGUUGUACAACAACAAGUUGCAACAACAGAAGCAACAAGGCUUGACUCAUUGCCGGGUUACAGUGUUAGGGAAGGUAUCUUUCAGAAGUUGCAGCAGUCUCCGCCCAAAUCUAUUGCUGACCGAGCCAAUAUCUUUGAACAAUUUGGUGUUCAAACUCCUACCCAACCUCAAGUUCCCAGUUUUAAUGUUGUGCAGACACCUGGUCAAAAUCAAAUCUAUAGCAAUCCCCUUGCUGGUCAAACUGUACGCCUAAUAAAUACUCCCCAGGGUAGACAAAUGGUGGUUGUUAGUUCUAGCCCUACAGUUCUUCAGCAAACCAGUCCUCAGAAUGUGGUAUUGCUGCAAGGCAUGCAAGGGUUCCCUCAAGGCAUUGUAGUUGGCAAUAAUAUUGUUUCACUCCAAGGUACCCCACUACAAAUGACCCCUGUAAAUAGAGGAAACAAUCCCAUUAAUCUCCAGAGUCCAAGAAUUGUUGGACCUCCUCAGGUUGUACAACCAACUAGGCUUGCAACAAGGAUUGUUUCUCCUGUGGGUGGGCAGAAUCAGGCAUUUGUUCAGAGGAUAGUUGGAUCCCCUCAGGUAAACACUGGGAUGAUUCCAGUGUCUGUCCCUGUGCCACAGCUUAGUCCACAAACAAGUCAGUUACAACAGCUUGGAACAAUACCCCAGUUCAGGCUACAAACGCCUUUAGUCCAUACUGCAGGUGGUCAAAUGGUGAAUAUCCAGACCACAACAGCAGCUCCUCAAAGAAAGUCUACUGUGCAAACUAUAGCUAAUCUUAUAGCUGCUGGGAAAAUGGCCAAACAAAAUGUGCCACAGACCAGACCAUCUAUACCUGUGCAACAACAAACUGCUUUGCGGCCCCCCCUAAGUAUUCCCAACAUCAACAACUUAAUGAAAGCUCAGGUACCCCAUACCAUUCCUUCAGCAUCCCAGUCCUCGCAGGUUCGAGUUAACCCAACAGUAGCAAAGCUAGUGGCUUCUCAUAUUCAUUCUGCAAAUGCUAACACUAGCGCGAGCCCUGUUAUACAGAGUCCGGCUGUGACCAGUGCUCGAGCAGCAAGUCCUGCCAUAAUUAAUUUAGCCACUAACACAAGGUCACAAAGUCCAACAGUUGUUAAAGUUGUGUCCGUGUCUAGAACACGUAGUCCCUCCCCCAGCCCAGGAGCCCAGUUUCAGCCAGGUAAAAUACCAGUUGCACAUCCUGCGCCAGUCAGAGGUGAAAAUCCUGUUGCCACAAUCAAUAUAAAGGGUCUUCCGCCAGGGGUGUCAAUACCAGCUAGUCUGGUAAACUCCCUGGUUUCUGGGUCUAUUGGGGGUAUUUCUAAGGGGGGUCUGAUUCGAGGUAGAGUACCAGCUGGGAUGGGUCAACCUGCCACUACAAAAACAGUUAUCAGAAAAUCAGCAUCUGAUAUUGUUGAAAAUGUUAAUAAUAAUAAUCAAAACCUUGUUAAACCAAACAUUGGGGGGACUACAAAUGGAGGUCUGGGUUCCAAUGUCCAAACCACCCCUUCGCCUCGAGUAGAUUCUCCAGACUACAGGGCCAUGGCCGGUAUGAAACCCAACCCAGAAUCGGCUUCUUCGAGUCCUUCUGCUGCAGCAUGGUCCAAUCCUAACUUGGUUAUCAGAACUCGUAGGGCCGCUGUUCAACAACAGAUACCUCAGUCUAGGUCUCCACAAAUACGUCCAAGUCCAGCUGUUAUUACUCCUACAGAACUACCAACUGUAGUGGUCAACACAAAUGGUCCGCCUGUAAAUCUUAACAUACCAAAUCAUGUUAGUCAAAUGAGCGCAAGUCUUGUUGCCAAAAAAUUGGAUCAAACUAAUGUUCAAGAUCAAACGGAACCGAAAACAAAUGGUGGUGUUGAUUAUAUAGAAAUAAAAUGUGAGAGUUUAGAUUGGCGAUUCAAGCUUUUAACCUUAAACCUGCUGGGAACCAAAGCUGAUAAUCCUUCGCUGCAAGUGUUUCUCUCGGAUCUGGAUCAAGAACAAAUGCCUUUAUGGGCCCCUCCAACACCACCACAUGAUGAUAAUGAUGUUUACAUUGAUCAGACAUUACUCUUCCUGUAUGAACAUUCUGUAAUGCCAGAAACACAACUACCUCCAGUAUAUGUUAAGAAAGAAAAGAAAAAGAUCAAGGUGGAAUCCAUCACAACUCGUAAACAGAAGCAAAAGAGAGAAGAGCAGCCAAGGGUUCCGAGGUCAUUGUUUGAUCGAGCUAAUGCUCAGCUGUUGAGGUUGAGAAGAGACGCCAAAUUACAGAAACUAAAAAUGGGUCAACUUAAACCUUAUAGACCUCUACCUUCCAUGCCUCCUAAACCUUUGAUGGAACAAGCCCCGGAUCAUCCUGAGUGGCUUAUACAUGAAGAUUGGGCUCUUUUACAGGCUGUGCAGAGUUACUUCGAUGUACCAUUGAAUCUUAUGAUAGUGAACCCGGCUCAUACUCCGAACUGGGACAUGGUUGCAGAUGUAGUCAAUAGCUGUAGUCGUGUGUACAGGUCACCGAAACAGUGUCGACUACGUUACGAGAAUGUUAUAAUUCCACGAGAAGAAGGCAGGAUCAUGUAUGACAUCACGCCUAGGAAACAGAAGAAACAGAAAGGCAUCUAUAAAAUGUCCAAGGGUAACCGAGCUAUGAAGACAGGUCAGAUUCACAGUCAGGAUAGUAACAAUGGAUUGACCAUCCUGUAUUCACUCAGAUUCGACUCAACAAAGAGCAUUGCAGGUAAACGACCCCCGACAAUGCGUCAGACACUCGUUAAUCCUACAUUAAAGAAUCCAAAGCAUGCCAGUGUGUUACAGGAGAACAACAUACAGUACGACCAGCCUCUCAAUCCGAUGCAGGUAGCGGAGAUUCGCGCACAGAGGAUCCAGCGAGAGAAGAAACAGAAUCAGCAACAACAGGCAGCGGCUGCUGCAAGUGGUGAUCAAACAACAACUGUCACUAAUGUUACUCCAAGGGUAGCACAACAAGGCAUUAUAACUGGAGCACAAGUUACGGCACCUACAAUUGUUGCCAUGACAACAGCAGUAACUGCCGCACAACUGGCUGCCAUAGGAACAGCUGCCUCCUCCGCUACUGUUCUGACUGUACAGACAGGUGGGGCACCUAUGCAGGCUGCCAUCAGACAACGUGCUCCACUGACAGUGCAGGAGAUCAGUUCCGGCACAAGUGUUGUAGGUCAAGUGGCUGGGGCUGCUGUCUCACAAGUUCGAGCACAGCUUCAAACCACAACGGCUCCCCCUGCUCUUACACCGGUACAGCUGGCUCAGAGGAUCACUGCUGCAACCACUCAUGCUAGUGGGGUUCAGCAGCAACUACAGGGUAAAACAGCACUAACACCUCAACAGUUCCAGUUGCUACAGCAACAACAACAACAACAAACACUGAUUAACAGACAGAAACAACAACAAGUUCUUCAACAGCAGCAACAACAGAUCCGUAAUAUGCAGAAGCUUAACCUACCAACAGAUACUGUGCGACAUCCACAGCUGAGACAGUUAAAGGGUCCUCUGAUACAGGGAGGAAAAACAGUGAUAGCUCAACAGCUUGUUACAAGCAUGGCACAGGCUGGUCAAUUAAAGGCAGGGACUCAUCGACCUUUGACCCCUGAUGAGCUUGCCCGGUUCAAGCAGCAACAGUUGACACAACAGAAGGUGGCCGGAACAUCAGUGGCUCAUCUUCAUCAUCCACAGAUACAGAGUACCCAGAUAAUUGCCGGUACCCCUAUACAACAAGUUAGCCAAGCAUUAUCUAAGGUGACAGGGCAACCAGCUACAUUAGUUAAGACUGUGACAGCCCCUGCAGGCAGUGUAACAAUACCUGUUAGUAACGUCAGUAUAAACGUCAGUAUGCCACAGAAAGGAGGUGUAGCCAAAGUUAGUCAGAUCAAUCCACAACAAAUGCAUCUUCUACAACAGAGGAAACAAAUACCAGUACAAAAAAGUAUAGGAAAAGCACAACAGAUGUUAAAUGCCGUACAAGUUAUACAGCAACCUGGAAGAUUAACGGUCCAGCAACUACAUCAGCUGGUGAAGCAGCAGUCACAAGGUGGCACUAUACAACAGAUCAUUCAUACUUCCCAACCUACCAUCAUAGCAACAGUUACACAGAGCCAAGCAACACCACAGAUGGUAACCAAGGUGAUCUCUACCACGGCAACUGUACAAGCUCCUCAAAUUCAGCAGACUAUACAAGGAGCUGCACAGAUAGUUGGUAGCUCGGCAACGGUUACUACGGUCCCUGUACCAUCUUCAUUGAUCUCAUCUCUACCUCAAGGUCAGUCUUCAAUGACUGCUAGUAUUGUUAAACCUGGAACUGUCAGUGGGGUUGAGGCUGUAACAACGGUUCAGAUUCAUCCAAUUUCAUCUAUUACUCAGUCCAAGUUGACGGGAGUUCCGCAAAACGUGGUGGUAACGCCUGUCCAGUCUGUACAACAUGUUACUGUUGCUGCCCCGGGUGGUUCGCAGCAGGCUCACAUUCCAACAGGAUCCCAGGUUGUGGUCUCUGCUGCCCCGGCGCCGGCUCAGACACUUCAAGUAACUGUUCCAGCAUCUACCCAGGUUCAAGCUUCAAUUCAGCAUGUUAAUGUUCAACAGGCACAGGCAGCACAUGCUACAAUUGGUGGUCAAAGAGGGGCAAGUAACUCUCCUGCACCCCUCACCGUCACAGUAACUCCUAAUCCACCGUCAGUGACAGUCACCCCAGGGACACCUGUAACAUACACAUCUGCUCCACCAUCACAACCCCACAUCUCACAACCAGCAGACCAGGCGUCUCAACAACAACAAACUGUUGCCACGAUACUGCAAACACAACGUCAAGCUGCAGCACAACAGCAUACUAUACCAGUUCAGCACACACCAUCUGCCCAGCCGUCACAAACCAUACACAUUCAUUCAUCGGCACAGCCUGCAACACAAGGGCAGCCUCAAACACCCACACAGUCCCCUCAAGCUCAGGGUAAAACCGGGAGUUAUGGUCUGAGGACAAGACACCAGACUAAACCACAAUGAAGAACAAGUGUUUACUUUGUGUUUUUUGUCUUUAAGGUCUCGCACUUCCCGACAUAAAGUUGGUCUUUAUGAAGCACGCGAUACGUUAUCAGUGACAUAUUAGUACAUACAUGAAAUAAAUGUUAUGUGUACUUGUGGAAAGACUUGACGCGUUUGACAAUAGGGAAGUUUAAUAUUAACGUCUGAUAUUACAUUUUGCGAGAAAAAGUUGCUGGAUUACAUAUCAGUUGAAAUGAAAAUUCAGUGGAAAAGUGAAUGUACUUUACACAUUUGUGAAGGAAAAUGUUAGAUAGGGCGAUAAGAAAACUAAUAAAAACAGUAGUAGAUAUUAUGUGCAAUGUAAGUUAUUUAUGUGCGAUGAACACGAACUUAUACAUUGCAAUGUUAAAUGUUCUGUGGUAACAUAGAUUUACUACAUGAACAUUGUAAAGCAAUGGUUAUUUCUGCAAGAUAAGGCUUUUUCGGGAUAAAUAAACGGGGUUACCCAUUUUGGGCCUCAAAAAAAGAAGAAAAGAUAUCAUGGCUUUAAUUACAGCCUUGCGUAUACCUAGAGUGAUUUGUUAAAUGUUCAGAACUUCUUAUGUUGAUAAGAGACAGAUAAACAACUCUGCAACUCAGACUGCCUAAGGUGCCACUCUGCGUUAUUUCUUGUCCAUUUGUGCUUGAAAUAUGGCAGAGGCACCCGAGGCCUCCAGUAAAGCUAGAAAAUCGCCAUAUGACCUAUACUGUGUUGGUGCGAUGAAAAACCCAUAAAAAAGAACAACAAAAAACUCGGACUGCCACACAGGCAAGUAAUAAAGGAUUGCCCCCUUACAAAUUGAAUCCAAAUAAGGUACAAAUAAGGGUUCACCUUAAAAAAAUUAUAUUAAUGUCAAUUCGUUGAAAAUGUGAAUGCCUCGUUCACGGAAAAUUGAGUUCUACUUAAGUAUUUUGAUCAUGUAGCUGUAUCAGCUAAUGUUUAGUAAGUUAUUUUAUAUUUUUAGUUGUCGACUUCGUAAAUUAUUUAUGACUAUAAUAAAAUCAGUGAUAAAAACCUU